AUGGGCGAGCGGCGCCGCAUCCGUCCCACGCCUGCUGCCCGCGCGUCCCUGGUUCCCCACCCCCGGGCCCGGCUAGCUGCCUUCCACCGAGGCACACCUCCCGUCCGGACGCUGUUUGUCAGUGGCCUCCCUGUGGACAUUAAACCCAGAGAACUCUACCUGCUCUUCCGGCCAUUCAAGGGGUAUGAAGGGUCCCUGAUCAAGCUCACCUCAAGACAGCCUGUUGGUUUUGUGAUCUUUGACAGCCGGGCAGGAGCAGAAGCGGCCAAGAAUGCGUUGAACGGUAUUCGCUUUGAUCCUGAGAGCCCGCAGACCCUGAGGCUAGAGUUUGCCAAAGCCAACACCAAGAUGGCCAAGAGCAAGCUAAUGGCCACACCAAAUCCCACCAACGCUCACCCUGCCCUAGGAGCACACUUCAUCACACGAGACCCCUAUGACCUGAUGGGGGCUGCUCUGAUCCCUGCAUCCCCAGAGGCCUGGGCCCCUUACCCUCUGUACACCACAGAGCUGACCCCAGCCAUCUCCCACGCUGCGUUCACCUACCCAGCUGCCACUGCUGCUGCCGCUGCUCUGCACGCUCAGGUGCGUUGGUACCCUUCCUCUGACGCCACCCAGCAAGGAUGGAAGUAUCGGCAGUUCUGUUAGUUCUUCAGUCUCUUCACCAGGGAUUUGUUUCUGGGAACCUGUGUGGUGGCGCCCGAAUAGGUGCCCUGAGCUUCUGCUGCCCGCAGGCGGCCUAUGCAGAACCUCCACUUCCUUCCAAAGACUGUGAAUCUUAAGCCUGACUCAGUGGACUGCUUCCUGUUUCCUUUCCUCCUCUUCCUCAGCCCUGUUCCAUCCCAAAGCCUUUCUCCAAGGCCUCCCAGGAGGGUUUGGGGGCCUUCUCACUGGGGUACCCAUAUCCAGCGCGGAGUCCUCAGUGGGACCCAGCCAGGCCUGACCUCUUGCCUAAACUUGCUUCUGUAGCCGCACCUCCAGGAAACAAAGCAUUGAAUUCUGCAUGGUUUCUGGCAUGAAUGAAGACACUUAAACUUGUAUAUAUGUGAGUGUACAGUUUGUUCUUACACUGUGUCACUGUAGCAACAGGUCCUGGCCACUAAUGGUUCAUCAUGCCUGGUCCCUCUCUCCACACCCGUCCCCACACCCCCCUUGCUCAGGGAGGACUGAGUCCUGCAGCUGGUUCUGCCCUGAUGGCCCAGCGCCCCCCAGCGCUCACACACACACUUGCAGGCUCAACAGUAACCGUGACCACCCAGCAAGUAUACAGUGUUUGCUUUUUCAUUUCAAAUCGGGGUCCUCCGCUUCCUUCUUCCCAGAUGGGCUGACAAUUGUCAGAAAAGCCUUCCUCUACGCGUCUUGCUUACCUCUCCACAACGCACCCACCCCUGCCAUCACUCCUCUUUCUUUCCAAACCUCAAAACCAACCAAAACGUGAAAAGUAUUUUUGUACCCUGUGUAACAAAAUAUUUAUGCAUCAUAAAGGACUUUUCAUGUGUGCGUACCAUUAAUUAUUAAAGAGACCUUGUUCACCCUGUCAGAUAAGUUUAAUGUUUAGUUUGAGGCAUGAAGAAGAGAGUUUCCGUUCUUCAGCAGUGAGCCUUUGUGUCAGGCGUUAAGAAAAGAAAAAUGAAAUGAAGGAAAAAUCGUGCAAUUUUAUUUUGUUUUGUGAGCAUAUCAGUGCUUUAUCGUUGGUCACAGCUGCGGCUGUCUUGCUGUUUCAGACUUGGGAGACUCGGUGGCUGUUGUAAUUGCUGAUCCUGUGAGAAUGUGAAACUGGAUAAUAUAUGAAAUGAAAAAUAAAAUCAUCCCAAGCGAC